CCUUUGUUGUCACAGUUUGUGUUCAGGUCUAUUCAGCGAUUCCUGUUCAAAUUUUAAAGGUACCUAUACAAUGGCCAAGACAGAGUCGAGUCCUUUACUUUCCGUUCAUCCUUCAACUUGCUUGGUUGAUGAAAAAUUUGAGGUGGAAGUUCAGCAUUUGCCUGCCGAUUCCAAAAUCACUCUUCACGCGCUGAUUCACUCUGACGAUGGAGACGAUUGGGAAGCGUUCGGCCACUACACCAGCGACUCCUCAGGGACCGUUAAGGUUUCCAGAGAUAAAAGUCUCGGUGGAACAUUUGAGGGAGUUGAAGCCAUGGCUCUGCUGUGGAGUAUGAGACCUGUACUUGAAAGUAAACCAGUUCGCCGAUUUCAGAAGAACAAUGUCCUGACACCAGUUAAAGUGGUGUUUUCCGUGCACGAAGGACACCUUGCUAAGGGCAUCAGGCAUCGCACACCACUCACAUCAGCUAAUGCUGAACGCUGGUACGUGGCUCCUGAUGUCCAGAGGGUUGAAGUCGCAAAGGGCGGGUUAAAGGGGACACUCUUCACUCCCCCAGGUUCUGGACCCUUCCCUGCUGUGCUGGACCUUUCGGGUUGGCAGGGGGGUCAUGUUGAGUAUCGUUCAGCGCUCCUGGCUUCCCACGGCUACGUCUCACUGGCCCUGGAAUACAUGGGCUUCCUGAAUGCGGAAGGAAAACUACAGUACAAGGACAACACCUACUUUGAGACUGCCUUUACAUGGUUAAAAAAACACCCCAAAGUUUGUCCUGACAAAGUAGCUGUGAUGGGGAUGUCAUUAGGGGUCUUUGUAGCUCUGGGUUUGACGGCAAACUCAGAAAUUAUGAAGCCCAAGUGUGUGGUCUGUGUGAGUGGGAGUCACAUAAUACCGCUCAAAGGAUCUUUGGCGGAUGUCCAUGCAGCAAUGCAACAGAACAUAGAAAAAAUGCGCUUUGAUGAAAAGAAGAGAAUAAUUUGGCGGGAUCUGUUGUUGCCAAUACCAAUUGACCCUUCCAAGAAGGCUGAGAUGGGCAAAAUCAAAUGUCCUGUUUUAUUGAUCGCUGGUGAGGAUGAUCAAAACUGUCCGGCACCAGAAUCUGCAGAGGAUAUGAAGAAGAUGAUGGAGAAGGCUGGGAACGGCCAUCUGCUAACUGUUCUCUUGUACCCUGGAACCGGUCAUCUCAUUGAACCGCCCUACAGCCCUCACGUCCGAUUCAGUGACUUAAAGCUACUGGAGACAAAGACCAAAGUGGUGAAUGUUUGGGGAGGAGAGACGGCGCCUCACGGUCGAGCUCAGGAGGAGUCCUGGCAGAAAACACUCGCUUUCCUAGAGGAGCAUCUCUGUGACAACAGCAUUGAAGUUACACCAUGCUAAUCAUCAUGUGUGUGUAUAUUUAUACACAUAUGGAUAUAUGAAUACAUUAUGGAUAUAUUUUAAAUAAUUACGAGAAAUCAAAAUAACAAAUUAUACGUUUUAUUUUAAAUUACAUGUUUUUUUACACUUAUGCUAAUCUAUUAAUCUUGGAAUGCACAAUCAAAUUAAAGCGCAAUUUAUCCAACAAAAUCAUUUAUAUUUAAAUUUAGACAAUUAAUUGAUGAACUUGGUAAGUGUAAUUUACACUGAAGAGCACUGAAGUAUAAAAAUAAUAAAUUAAUGGAUCAUUUUUGACAUUUUCAGUUAAUCAAAGAUCCAUUACAACAGCUGUAACAGGUUAUAUGUGUAAUGGUGCAAUUAAAAAUGCCAAUAACUAGC